AGAAGCUGGUUGGCCAUAUACAGGUGCGCCAGCCAUUAUUUGCUAAACAAAACGGAAUGAGGAGGGAACGCGUUGUGCUGAUGUUCCAAUCAUCCUAUUCCAUAGGUUGCGUUGAUUAAUUGGUCCUUUGUGUGUUUGUGGAAUGCUGUAUAAUCCCCAAACCCCAUCGUCUUGAUAGUGGCCCUUUCGUCAUAGCAAUCAGCGCACAGCUCCCAGGACUUCUUAACCAGCUACCCGAGGCUUUUGGCAACGAAAUCUCCAAUCCCAAACAAUCAUCCAUCCUUCACAGUUUUUCACAUCCGUCCAUAUACAUCACUUCGUGAGAGGAAUCGGAUCUUGAUGUGUUUUUGGACGCCUUGUGGUCCUAGACAGCAAGUGCCAAAUCAAUUAAGCAUCACGCUAAAAUAUCUAAAGCAACAUCACACAAUGCCAUGCCCGGGAUUGAAAGUGUCCCACAUUGUAUUUGUGAUAGUCAUUUUGAUAACGAUAGUCUUCUAUUCGUCACUCAAUGGGCGACAUUUUAUUCUGGAACCAAAACGAUACUCAAACCAUCGAAAGAGCGAUUCGAAUCUCGCCAAUCGGACAGUGCAAGCAGAAAAGCUAGUAGCGUCCCCAACUAUCGAAAAACAAAAAUGCAAUGUUUUUCAAAUAGUGGUUCAAGGCUGUGGACUUAACAUUCUCAGUAAAACACCGGAGCAGUUUUUGGACGAUAGAAACCGCUCACAAUUUAUGAUUCAACAACAGCAAAAAGACCUGCCACAACUAGAGCUGGAAGCGGCAAUUGAAAACCAGGAAAACAAUAUUCAACGAAUUCCAAACCCUUCGGCCGUGAAAUUGGCGUCAUCGAUUUCAUCUUCUUCAUCUUCUUCAUCUUUACCGCCUGCAUCUUCACCAGCGUCGAAUGAUGCUAACAACGACAAAGUAAUUAAAACACGCGACCUGUAUCGCUCCGGACAUUUGCCGGAUGAAACUUGCGUAAAAAAACUUUGUCCAAGCAACGGAACGGAUGUUACGCUACUAAUCUUGGUCACUUCGGCACCGACACAUCGGGAACAGCGGCUAGCGAUACGCCAGUCGUGGGGAUAUUAUGGGAGCAGACGUGAUAUCUCUAUCGGGUUUAUCGUGGGGCAGACGGAUGAGUCACGGAUUGAAGAUCAGUUAGCCGCCGAAAGCUACAUGUACAGCGAUCUGAUACGUGGCAACUUCAUCGAUAGUUAUAAAAAUCUCACUUUGAAAACCAUUUCUCUUCUGGAAUGGACGAAGCUCCACUGCUCCAACGCCUCAUUUCUGUUGAAAACGGAUGACGACAUGUUCAUUAAUGUGCCGAAGCUGCUGCAGUUCAUGGAAGUGCACAACAAUCAGCGGCGAACGAUAUUUGGUAGAUUGGCGAAAAAGUGGAAACCAAUCAGAAACAAAAAGUCCAAGUACUACGUCAGUCCCGAACAAUAUUAUCCGCCAGUGUUUCCCCCUUUCACCACAGGACCUGCGUACCUUCUAACAGCAGAUAUUAUCAGCGAGCUGUUCGAAAAGUCUCUCAGCCAAACAUAUUUGAAGCUGGAGGACGUGUACACAACUGGCAUUGUGGCACAGCUGCUGAAUAUACGCAGAACGAAUGUAAAGGAAUUUCUCAACCGACGAAUAGCAUUCAAUCAGUGUAGCAUCAAAAAGGCUAUCAGCAUUCACAUGGUUAAAAAUAACGAACAGCUUGAUCUAUGGAAGAAGCUGAUCGACGUAAGCGUUUCGUGCUCAUAGAAUUUCAAACUGCAUCACAAUAUAUAGAUCUAUAAUAAAAACCAUUUUUGCUACUUUCCUACUUAGCAUCGCCACUUGUUUCUCCCAUCAUAUAAAAAAUGCCGUUUUGAAUUGAGCAUUCCAGUGCUGAAUUUACUGUAAAGAACAAGUAUAUUUAGUUACGUAAUAUAUUAAACCGAACGAUUUGUUUUUUAUCGUGGGAUAAUAAAAUAUACGACGGAAAGGAUAA